GCGUAACGACUUAAAUUUGGGUAUUUAGUUUUUUUGAAAUUUCCCAAAUAAUAGGACGCGAUCCUGUAAGUUUUUUUUGUGUAAAUGUCUACAAACGACGUGUUUUUGAGUAAGACAUUAUCAUGGCUUCUGAGACACUCUGCAGCCACCGAAGGCCUAAGUCUAACCCCUGAGGGCUUCGCCCCCGUUUCGGAAGUCCUAAACCAUCGCCAACUGCGUGGUAAAUUCACAGUGGAGGACAUCCAACGCAUUGUUGAAAGCAACAACAAACAACGAUUUUUCCUACGACAAAACGGUGCUAUUUUGGAAAUAAGAGCCAAUCAAGGCCACUCGAUGCAAGUGACUGAGUUAGAGUUGGCGUCUUAUUUGAAUGAUCCAAAUGUGGAUGUUGUUCAUGGAACGUUUUUUCGAAAUUUGGAUGCUAUAAAGAGAAUAGGUUUGAGUCGCAUGUCCAGAAAUCACAUUCAUUUCACUCGGGACUUGGCUCUGAUUCGAAAAAACGUCCAAGUUUUAAUUUACAUUGAUGUUGCAAAGGCGUUGAGUGACGGUAUCAAGUUUUACAUGUCGUCAAAUGGUGUUAUUUUAAGUCCCGGCAACGAAAAGGGUAUUUUGGAACCCAAAUACUUCUGGAAAAUUGUGAAAAGAUAACUGCAAUAAAUUUUAAUUAAAGUU